AUGAUGCCAGUAACAUGUGUUUAUAACAGUAACAGCGACGAGGCGGUGUUGGAAGGCAUCUUCGGGGGGUUGUCUGAUUCAGUCUUGGAAAAGCUCACCGGAACUGGCCCGGUGGGGGGUGCAGACCUCGACCGUGUUCCCGGCACCGACUCUAAUGAUGACGACCACGUCCUCUCUCCCUUCACUAAGAGGAAAGGCAACGCUACAGACGACGGUAACCAGGAACUUCCUCCACUGAACUCAGCAACGCAUCGACCUCACUUGACCCUCCCGCCGCCCUCCUCCCUGUUGCAGGACUCCCAGGUAGACACACUGGGUGAGAGGAAGCCCCCUGUGCCUCAGCUGGUGGGAGGAGACGGUCUUCCACUCCCACUCUCGCCACAAGGGCUCCGAGAACCUCAGGGAUUAACAGGACCAACAAGUUUUACAGGUUCGUCUCUUCAUACAGGUAAUUCCCCGAGUCAGGUGACAGCGGAGGACCUAGCCAAACUGCCUGCGUACUUGAGGGAGGCCCCGAGCUGCGCUACUAACCCCACCAACAGAUCUUUUUGCAUCAUGCCGGUGGGUUACCCGAGUGAACUGGCCUCGUCCCUGGCCAGAAAGUACGAGGAGGAGCUCACAGAGAUCCAGACCGUGUUGGCGCAGCUGCCUCAUCCCCCACUUGAUCUGUCCGCCGCCACCUCCCAACUUCCUACUGUCGACACCGGCGGACGUGCUCGUGCCCAGGGUUGCCGGCCCUUACUGAAGCCACGUCCCCUUAUCGCCCUCCAGCCCAGGGACCCUCAGCCUCGUCCCUUCCUGUUCGAUUUCCCGCUGCCGGUGGCGUGUGUCUUCGCUGGCCCCCUACAGCGUUAUACUGUAGCUGCACUGAAUGAUGAUAAUUGGCAUGGUGGGGAGAGUGUGAGUGCGGAAAUGAAACGAACUACCAUUCCACCUCAGGCCUCCAGCUCCCCCGUGACUGUUGUUGUGACUGCAGGAGACCAGCCAGUAACGUCACCGCUCCCUGACUCUGACCUGGACCACCUCCCCUCCAUCACGCCACUCACAGCACCCCGCCAGACAGACGACUCCAUGACGUCACCAAUGAGUGAGUCAGUGCCAUGCUUACCCGUGACAUCACCACUCAGUGAUCCACUCCCGCCCUUCCCUUUGACGUCACCGUCAAGUCAGCCAAUCCCCAGUGUCCCAGUGACGUCACAGGCUUUCCCACGCGCCCCGCUUCCACGGCGUCCGGACACGCUACCAGAGGUGCCGGCCGACGACUUCCGUUCUGAUGCAGAUAUUGCUCACGAUGAAGCAGAAGCCGAAGUCAUACGAAAGUCGGGAUGCACUGACCCCAGCCUGACUCAUGUCCUCCUCGCACUCUCACUCUCAGUCAUUUUUCUUGUCCAAAGAUAA